UUUCCCCCAUGCCGCUUGUCACCCCAUCCGCCCCUGAUCGCUAAACCCAGGCACCUCACCAUGGGCCUGUCCUCGAUCCUUCGCCGGAAGCGGGAUGCACCGCCGUCCGAGGAUGGCGACGUGUCGCCCGGGGCCACCUCAACCGGCUACCAGGAGGACAAGACGCCGCCCUCCGUAUCCAAGGCCGCAUCCGUGACGGAGCAGUCUGCGGACGAUCUGGAGAGGAGCCAAAAGACCGACAAACCGGAUGUCAUCGAAACGGCGGCGGAAGAAGAUCCCGAGAUCGCCGCGCUACCCAUCGAGGUGCGCCAGUUGGUCAGUCUGACCGACGACCCCGAAAUGCUGACCAUCACCUUUCGGUAUUACGUCCUCUGUAUCCUCUCCGUCGUGCCCGGUGCCUUCUUGUCCAUGAUGAGCCACUUCCGUACCACGGAGGCCCCCUACUCCGUCUUCUUCGUGCAGAUCGCGUGCCACUACGCCGGUCACUUCCUGGCGCGAGCCCUUCCGGCCUGGGUGAUUCGAGUCCCUUUCACGAGCUGGUCCUUUAGCCUGAACCCGGGACCGUGGAGCAUUAAAGAGCACGUUCUAGUCACCCUGACGGCGGCGUCCGGAGCGACCUACAACCUGGGCUAUACCCCGAUCGCAAUGGCGGAACUCUAUUAUGGCGAGAGGGUCAACCCCGCCGUGGCCAUCUUCUUCAUGUUUGCAAUCGUCUGGAUUGGAUACGCGUUCGCAGCCCUGGCUCGCCAACUCCUCCUGUACGACCCCAACUUCAUUUGGCCCCAGGCUCUCAUGCAGACGACCUUGUUCGAGACGUUCCGGAAACAGGACCGAUCGGCCCCUCUCGCCCGCCGGCAGAUGAAGCUUUUCUUUUUGUGCUUUCUCGGCAUGACCCUCUGGCAGUUCUUGCCCGAAUAUGUCUUCCCGUUCACCUCCUCUCUGGCGUUCCUGUGCUGGGUCGCGCCCCGUAACCCGGUGGCCAAUUUCAUCGGGUCUGGGCUGGGUGGAAUGGGGUUGUUGAACCUGUCGCUCGACUGGUCAAACAUCAAUUGGAACGGCUCCUCCAUCCUCCUGACCCCAUGGUGGACCCAGGUGGUCUUGUUCUUGGCCUUUGCGUUCAACUGUUGGGUCCUCCUUCCGGCUGCGAAGUGGGGAAACCUGGGGUCGUAUAAGCACGGUCUGAUGUCGAAUUCCCUGCUCACGGUGAACGGAACGAAGUACCCAACCCUCGAUGUCGUCACCUCCGACUAUCAGCUGAAUGAAACCGCCUACGCGGAGUACGGACCCAUGUACAUGGGUCUGCAGAAUCUCUGGGCGACCUUCUUCGACUACGCCAAAGUGACGGCCGCAAUUACGUGGAUCUUGACCUUUGGCUUUGUGCAGAUUCGAACCAAUUUGAUGAAGGUUAUCCGGUCUCGGGGCAAGAACUCGCAGGCCAGUGGGCAAGGCAUCAACCACCAGUACCACGAUCGUCUGAACGUUCUCCAGCGGAGUUACAAGGAAAUCCCGCUCUGGUGGUACGUGGCGCUUUUCAUGGCUGGGUUCCUGGUCCUCAUCAUCACGAUUGCCUGUGGCUACCUGUGGAUCCCGAUUUGGACGUUGUUUGUCGCGCUGGCGAGCGCCGCCGUCUUGGUGGUCCCGUUUGGCUUUCUGUACGCGAUUUCGAACUACCAGCUGGCGGUGGGAUCCUUCAACGAGCUGGUGUAUGGCUACAUGGUGGAAACCCCCGCCGGCAAAAGCCACCGGCAUCCCUGUGGCCCCUCUACCUACGGGUCGAUCGCCGGUGAUGCCUGGUAUCGCGCCCAGUACAUGCUGCAGGACCAGAAGAUCGGUCACUACAUGCAUAUUCCGCCCCGCACCGUCUUUUUCUCCCAGGUGUUUGGCACCAUCCUCGGUAUCCCGGUGAACUACGCCGUGAUCCGGUGGGUGUUGAAUACGAAGGGCGACUACCUGUCCGGGAAGAAGACGGAUCCGCUCAACCAGUGGUCUGGGCAGUCGUUGAAGUCGUCCAACACCCUUGGUGUCCAGUACGCGGUCCUCGGACCGAGCCGGCUGUUCCAGGAGGCAGAAAUGCGGCCUCUCCCGUAUGCAUUCCUGGUGGGGGCGGUCCUCCCUCCAAUCUUGUACAUUGCGCACCGCACUCUGCCGCGCUGGCUGCGCAUCGACCUGUGGAAUGUCAGCAUCUUCUUCUCGGGCCUGUCGGUCUUCUACGGUAAUAUCAGCACGGGCUACACGUCAGCGUUCAUCGGCGGGUAUGUGGUCAUGUACUGGGCCUACCGGCACCGAUUCGAGGUGUGGAAGCGGUACAGCUACAUGGUGGCCGCGGCGUUCGAUGCGGGCUUCAACUUGAACAUGCUGUUGAUCUUCCUGUUCUUUGGGUCGGGGAAGCAAAUCUCGAUGCCGAAUUGGUGGGGUAAUAACGCGGAUUCGGUGGAACGGUGCUUUGCCUUGGACUGAUCGAUGCCAGGCGGCGCGAUCAUAGGCGGAUCGCUGCGUUCAGGCCGUCCCUUGACCAGGCGGCUGCUUUUUCUGUAUUCUUAAUUGCGUGGACCCGGGUCGAGGAUGAUGCUGUACCGUGUCCUCGACUUCAUGAUAGACGAAUAGUAGUAAUGAUAUCCCUUCUCUCACUUGGUUGUGCCGAAAGACAAACUACACACCGGGCCUUCUGCCGAUCUCGCUCGACAU